AUGUACACGGCCCUAGGUGGUGACGAGCUGAUUGGGCUCGUUGACCCUUCGGCACGAGAAUUUCACACCAAGAACCCCAAGUGCGACGAGGGAGAAAGCGAGGAACCGACUGGGAAGGACAGCAACGAGAGCGUGUACGAAGCGGAGCGGGUCGAGUUUGGUCGUGCUAGAACUGGCCACAGCGGCACCGGAGCAGCGGCACCGGAGCAGCGGCACCGGAGCAGCAGAACCGGAGCAGGCGGAGGGCAUCGAACCGUGGCGCACGGACAAACAUCAUCUCUUGUAUUGUCAAAGAUGGCGCGGAUAACCCGGGUGCCUUAAUUGUGUACCUGCAUCGUGGAAGACCCCUUCAAUGUGGAACGAUUCCUAGUCAGUCAGUGUCGAUGAUUACACUGCUGUGCCUAACACAGAUGAUCUGGAUAGACUCGGGUGAUUGUCAAUUGCAAUGAUGGCUAUGGUUGGGCGUUCUUCUUCAUUCAUGGUAUGUCCACGGGCUCAUUCUGACAGCACGUCACACAGCAGCUCCAUGCCCCGAGCUUGUGUACCAUGCGCCAUGGAUGGUGUGAUUAUUGUACAGAGAGCACUUCAGACAGCAGUAGUACGCUGUAGUCGACAUUCAUUUUGGUUGAAUGCGGGACAACAAGGGGGGUGAUGCUGCUGCUGCUGUAGUCGAUUUAUUUGUAGUGUGUGGGCGUGUAGUUCUUCAGUUGUGAGCACGCAAACGUGCUGCAGGGAUUGCAGGUGUACCUCCUUGGGCUUGCGUACCCUUUCCUUGCUAAUAGUGUGUGUGUUCUUCAGAUCUUCUGAUGGCUCUAGCAUUUUUGUGACCACGGACCGAGUCUUUGCUAGAUUUUGGGAUUAGCAACUGA